AUGGCCACCGCUUGCGAUAUUUCGUUCGAUGAGAUGGCCAUGGCCUUGAGCUACAUUUCCCUUGGUGGCACCGCGGCGGCACCAGCGAGCUCCGCGCGAGGGUUGCCAUCCUUGGCACCAGUGAAGCAGGAGAAGAAGGCCGCCAAGAAGCCCGAGGCGGACGACGAUAUGGACGACUUGUUCGAUGACGAUGAGGACGCCGCGCCCGCGAAGAAGGAGGAGUCGAGAGCCGACAAGAUGGCAGCCGCCAAGAAGGCCAAGGACGCAAAGAAGAAGAUAGACAGGUCGCAGAUCGUGUUCGAAGUGAAGCCGUGGGACACAGAGACGGACCUCAAGGAGUUGUUUGGGAAGAUUUGUGCGACGGAGAUCGAUGGCCUUGUCUGGGGAGAGGCGCACAAGCUUGUGCCGGUGGCGUUCGGCGUGAAAAAGUUGGUGCUUUCGUGUGUGGUGGAGGAUGACAAGGUGGGCGUGGAGGACAUCACCGACGUUAUCGAAGCGUUUGAGGACUACGUCCAGUCGGUGGACAUGACCACCAUGAACAGGCU